AAAACUAUGCAAAAGUGGUCAGUUGGAGUUCGGCCAAAAGAAUAUGAAACGAAAACUGUAGAGGAUGUCUAUAACACAGUUGAAGAGGUUGAUGGAAAAGAAUAUGAGGAUCCAGAUUAUUUUUAUGAUGAACUUGGAAGAGUUAGAAGAUCCGAGAGACGCAUGGCUAAAAAAGUUCCGAUGAUGGCGACCCCUCCACCGAUCCCACCGCCGAUGACACCCACCCAUAUUGCCAUUCAUAACCCAAAAAAUAGCACAUCAAAACGAUGGAAAAUUGCAUGCGUCUCAGCUACAGUAACCCUACUUGCAGUAUUCAUACUUGCAACAAUUCUAUCAUUCUUCUUUUUUGUCUCAUCCUCAAAUACUUUCCAAAAAGAAUCGUACGGUUUGCCUCGCCCAUCAAUGGAAUCAAGUCUUCUUUCUAAAAGAUCCGAUAUGGAAAUGACACCAAACCAUUUGUUGACUCUUUUGAUUACAAAACGAAAGAUUUGUAUACUAGAAGCUGCGAGCGGGGAUGAAGCGAAAAGUCGUGACGCAUUCUCUGUUGAUCAUAUUGAAUCAGCCCGCCUCAUUUUCCAUUCAAAUCUUAGUCAUGCUGGCGUUCCAGUACAUCCACUUCAAUUUCAACGAUUCGCAAGAUCUCAGGGAAUUGAUAAUGAUUGUCACGUCAUAGUAUAUGAUAGAGGACAAAUGAUUUGGAGUUCUUAUACUGUUUGGAUUUUCAAAUUAUUCGGACAUCAAAAAGUUUCGCUGCUUUCGGGUGGAUAUUUGGGAUGGAAAACUCAUCAAGCAAGAAGUGGACAAUAUAAAACGGAGCAAGGAGAUGCUCCAAGAAAACCAAGACAAGGAGAUUUUCUUGCUUCAUGGAAUGAUUCUGUAAUUAUAACGUAUGAUGAUGUUCUUCUAAAUUCUGAAAUUGACAAUUUUGAUGUAGUGGAUGCACAGACAAAAGAUGAAUUCUUGGGAACUGCUCAAGGAGCAUUGUAUGGACAUAUAAAAGGAGCACGGAAUAUUCCAGUGGAUGCAGUAUACGAUUGGGCUGUUGGGCAGUGGAAGGAUGCAGAUCAUUUGAAAGGACUUUUUAAUAAUAAUGCAUUAUCAUUGAGGAAACCUGUGAUUAUAUACUGUUCCACGUCACUUCGAUCGGCAAUGGUUUGGUGGGCUUUGACACGAUCUGGUUACAAUGGGAAGAUCUAUUUUGGCGGGUGGCCUGAAUGGGUAGUCAGAGCACCUGACGGUUUGAGAGUCAUCGGAGCAACGACGGAGACUUGACGCUAAAAGAAGAUCCAUGUUAAAUAUUAUAUGCAUAAAAUGCGGGUAAAAGUGAAUAUUGAAUAAAGUUCAUGAAA